CGCUCUUGCUGAGAGACCGUAGGGAAGCCUCCAGCCGCCAGGGGGCGCGCGCGGCCUUUCUGCCUUUCUGGCCCGCGCGUCCCGCGUGAAGUAGAUAUCCCAGAGUUCCGCGCAGGGUCGGUCCUUCCGCCGCGGCAGUUAUUGAAGAGCAGUAGCCAUGGCUCUGCGCUACCCAAUGGCCGUGGGCCUCAACAAGGGCCACAAGGUGACCAAGAACGUGAGCAAGCCGAGGCAUAGCCGCCGCCGCGGGCGCCUCACCAAGCACACAAAGUUCGUGCGGGACAUGAUCCGGGAGGUAUGUGGCUUUGCCCCCUACGAGCGGCGGGCCAUGGAGCUGCUCAAGGUCUCCAAGGACAAGCGGGCCCUGAAGUUCAUCAAGAAAAGGGUGGGGACACACAUCCGUGCCAAAAGGAAGCGGGAGGAGCUGAGCAACGUCCUUGCAGCCAUGAGGAAGGCGGCAGCCAAGAAGGACUGACCCUCCUGCCCCCUGCAAUAAAGCCUUUUCAGAACCGGGUUCCUGUGCUGGCACUGGGGGGAAGUCCCAUCUGGCCCUUCAUGGGGCUCUAGGGGAGAACGCAGAAGGAAGCAACAGACAGUACUGGAAAUGGUAUUUAAUCAUAAUAAACAGUUCAUAUGCGCCAAA